UAUAUUCCAAUUGAUUCGGCCAUAACUCAGCCGCCUGGGGAUUCAGUGGACUCUCGUUAUUUGGCUCUGUGCAAUAAAAAGCAUGCCCAUCAGCUCAGACAAUACUGCCUUUUGAAAUAUACAGAUUUGUAAUUAUCAACACGUGAAAAGGUAUAUCCAGACAGAUAUUACCAGCCGAAUCCACAUUGGGAUGAAAACAAGGAGUGGCAAAUCUCACUACAGGAGCGCUGUAUGGAUAACUGUGCGGAAACUCCAGUGUUAGCUUAUAUGUCAGCCCCACGUAGACCUGCACAGAUAGGAAUGGUUGUAUUGCAAUCAUAUUCCCAUACAUCUAUCAACUUGAAAGCACGUAUCUUACAGUGUCUCGAGGUCCGGUAAUAGUCCCGAUCCACUUGAAGAGAUUCUCUCCAUCAGGGAAAGCAGAGACGCUUUUUUCAGUGCUGGUCAUGAGAACGAGGAGUUCCUUCUGCAGUCUACAGAGAAGAGAAAUUGAUAACCUCACAUUUUCCGAGUGAAGAUAAUGAGGGAAGUUUGGUUAUGUAGCGCAAGGAUAUCGAGGUUUAACAUCCGAACAGUAAAGGAUAAUUCAUUUUUUUGGACAAUGGAUAAUCUACUGACUUCCUACUGGUUUCGAUUUCCAAGCUGUCAAACUACUGUCAAACCGUAAAAGAUGGCGGCUAUCAGAGGGACGCCCGAAUCUGACGCUGGGAGUUUUGAGUGUUUUCAAAAUUACACAGCACCUGAAGUUUUCGUACAAGGUCUCGCCGGAAUCGUAGAUCAACAAGAUGUCGAGUCCAUGAUAAGAGCUCAAAAGCAAAUGUUGCAAAGAUUUGAGAAAACCAAUGAAAUGCUAACAAAUUGCAAUCAGCUAUCGGUUAAUCGUUUGAAGACUGCUGGAGCAGAGUUUAAAAAGCACACGGCUUUGUUGGCGGAUAUGAAGCGGGACUUGGACCACAUUUUUAAAAGGAUUCGUGUAGUUAAGACGAAACUCAGUCAGCAGUACCCACAGGCCUUCAAUGAAGCAGUAAGGAGUAGCCUGGCGGAGGAAGUGAUUGUUGAGGACGUCGUUGGCCCACCACCGCUCCAACCUGAAAUCGUGCCCCUGCCUUUGGGGGUGGAAGCCCACGUUACCGACGGAGAUCCUGACUCAGACGCUUCGUUACGAAACACGAGAUCUUUGGUUGGACGAUUUAAGCAGCGCGUGUUCCAGUGGAGGAGUUCCAAUUCGCAAAACUGCGCAAAAGACGAGUGAAAAGCAGCAAUAGCUCUUCAACUGAGAGUAACAACGAUAACAGCAACGCUGAGUCUUCGCCCUGCACGUCCGAUACCGGCUGAUGCAAUCAUUGAAUGCCAGGUUCUCGCGCGAAUCGAUCCUGUACUGAUUGUAAGAAUGAAAAAAAUAAUAAUUAGUUGACAAUAAGCAAUAGACCUUCAACGUCUGCGUAUGUGUAUAAAUAAUGAGAAAAGAGAUGGAUAUUUGAAAUACGUCACCCUCGCAUAUACGUUCCUAAUCACAAUUACUGCAUCACAAGUGUAUAUAGGAUAGAUACAAUGUAUAUUAAUGCAUGUAUCAUCAUACACACAUCGAGAGAAAAAUAGUAAAAAAUACUAAUAUAUAUAGUUAUUUGUAAAUAACAUGAAUUGUAUAAUAUCUUUUUCAUUAUGCAAGUUAUACGAUAUGUAUUUUAUUCACCAAUCAAUAAAAAACAUAAUAUGUAAGUGCA